CUAUGGCAGCGGCUGCUGAGUAAGGGUCAGGUGCUCGGAGGGGUGGAGCUGGGCGUGGCCGAGCCUGUUAUUACCGGGGAUCUGCAGCCGCUCCGUCAGGUGAUUUCCGUCGCACCAUGAAGCUCCUCGUCGCGGUGUCGUGUCUCCUGGCUGCCGUUGCUGCAACGCCAUUAUUUGGCACAGAGCAAUGUGCCAAUGGCCCUGAAGUAUGGUGUGUCAAUGUUCGUACCGCAUCCCAGUGUGGCGCAGUCAAACACUGCCAGCAGACUGUGUGGAACAAACCGGUUGUGAAAACCGUUCCAUGUGACGUGUGUAAAGAGGUGAUUACAAUUGUGGGAAACUUCUUGAAGGAAAAUGGCACCGAGAGUGAAAUCCUGGCGUACUUGGAUAAGGCUUGUGAAUUGAUUCCGGAGCCUUCAUUGACUUCCCAAUGCAAGGAACUUGUUGCUGAAUACUACCCUAUUAUCAUGAAUAUCAUUGAGGGUGAACUGUCAAAUCCAUCAGUGGCCUGCUGUGCUAUGGGCCUUUGCAGUUCUCUGCAGCAACACUUGGCAAGCCUAAAGCAACCCCAACAGCUACUUACCAAUGAAAUCCCAGAGGUAGAUCUCUCCAAAGUGGUUUACCCAUAUAUGGCAAACCUUCCUCUUCUUCUGAAUCCCCAGGACACAACCCACGAGGAUCCUAAGAAUGGUGAUGUGUGCAAAGAUUGCCUUCAGCUUUUUAACGAUGUCCAGGAACUGCUUAAAACAAACUCCUCUUUCUCCAAAAUGAUGAUUGAGAAUGCUCUGAGACAAUGUGACCAGCUUGGAGGAGGCUUGAGUGAAAUGUGCAAGACCUAUAUUAAUCAGUAUGCGGACCUAGCAAUACAAAUGAUAAUCCAAAUGGAUCAGCCCGCCCAGCAGAUCUGUUCUGGAGCAGGUCUGUGUGCGCAGGAAAAGUCCACACCAAUCCUGGAAAUCGUACCUGCAAAGGUUGUUCCUGCAGCAAAACUUCAGCCUGCUGUCAAAAUUGCAGAGAAACCUGUAGGUUUAAACCCAGUCUGUGAAGUGUGCCAGGUGAUAGUGACAAAACUUGAAAGCCUUCUAGAGAAGAAUUCUUCAAAGGAGCAGAUAGAGGAAGCUCUUGAGAAGGUCUGCUACAUUGUUCCUGCCAAAUAUCGCGAGCAAUGUAAAGAUUUUAUUGAUACAUACUACUCGGCUAUUAUUGAACUCUUAAAGCAAGAGAUUACACCAGAAGAAAUCUGUCGAGUGAUUGGACUUUGCGCUGUCCGACCACCUCGGAUGAUAAAACUCAGUCCAGAACAGAUUCAGUCUGGUGGCUACUGUGAAGUAUGCAAGAUGAUGAUUAACUACAUGAAGACGCUGCUGAAGAGAGAUGACACUGAAGAGAAAAUUAAGGCUGCUCUGAAAGUGGUGUGCAGUUUCCUGCCAGACACAAUGUGUGAUGAGUGCGAUGCUCUCGUCCUUGCCUACGAACCUCUAUUUAUUGAACUAAUUCUGCAAUCCCUGGACCCAAAGUUUGUCUGUGAGAAGAUGACUCUCUGUCUUGCUGCCCGGAAACCGCUUUUGGGAAGUGAAAAAUGUAUGUGGGGGCCAAGUUACUGGUGCAAGGAUUUGGAAACGGCAGGAAGUUGCAACGCUGUCGAGCAUUGCAAGCGUCAUGUCUGGAACUAAAGCGGUGUGCCUAAAUCAACAGGAAUGAUGGACUGGAUCAUGCAACAACAAAAAUAAUUUUCCAGACCAGGUCCUUAACUUGAGUAUAGGGAGAAUGUUUAAUGUGUGAAGAGAAAGUAAUAACUUGAUGUACAUAUUUGUUUAGUGAUAGGAAAUUUUUGUUGAUGUCAUUAAAUUUUAAGUUUUACAAAAUGCAUCAUGUAACAUAAAGCCAAUCUCUUGAAAAGCUGCUUCCUCGCUGUAGUGUUUAAAUUGUGAAUUAUUUCUACUGCCCAAGUUUUUUUUUUUUUUUUGGUACAAAUAACUAUCUUGCACCUAUUUGCCUUGGUUUUUGUCCCCCUGCUGAGACUGAAUAAAGGACAUGCCAACUAACUUACAGAAACUGUCAUAUAUUGACUUUUUUUGCUUAAAUCAUCACUUAAACAAAGUUUGUAUAACGCAAACUUGACAAAACAUCAUGGGGGAAUAUGCAGCUUUCUCCCCCUCCCUCCUAAACGAAUGUCGGCUCUCUGAAGGAUCAGAUUACAUGCUUUCCAUAGUCUACAGCGCAUGGGUGAAGAAUGAGCUGCUAGAGGAGGAAAAGCAUUUGAGUUUCUUGUGCUCACCUGUACUAAUGAUUUAGGUUGUGUUUUGAGUUACAAUUUAAGCAUUAAUCCUGUAGAACUGUAAACUUUGACCACUAAGGUACAGUACUAGUUUCUGUUAAUCCUUUUAAAAUAAUGCUCAUGUAACAUGUUAAUGACUCAAAUUCAUUCAACUAUUGUCAACUUAAGAGAAAACUAAGACAGUAUAGAGUUACUGACUUGUAUCUUGCACUAAAUGAUUAAAGUUUAAUAUUCUA